AUGGCCCGCUGCGGCGACAGAGACAUCGUGACGGCGGCGAUGGCGCGGCAGCCCUGGCGCCGCCGCCACGGAUGGCAGCUCCCCCUACACCCGCUUCAGCUCGUGGCCGCGGCAGUGUUCGCGCUUCUCGUCGCCGCGUUCUACGUCGUCCUGGGGCCCUACAUCGGCAACACCCUCGCCGGCAAUAUCCUCCUCGCUACUUUCUCCUUCUCGGCGGCGGCGGCGGCGGCGCUCUACGUGCGCUGCACGGCGGUGGACCCGUCCGACCGGACUGACGCGAAGAAGACCAAGCGGCGGCGGCAGCUCGCGCGGGGGGUCGGGGCCACGGCGAAGCUGCCGCGGCUGCGGUAUGGCUACAUUUUGUGGCGCUACGCGGUGCGGUUGCUGCGGCGGGUUGAGGCGCGGGUCACCAACCGCUGGGUGCGGCGGAGCUACCUUGAGCAGUGGAACACCAGCGUUCAGCUCGAUCCCAUGCUCCCCUUCGCCUUCACCAGCCUCGAUGACAUCGUCUCGCCAUGCGCCACCGCCGAUGGGCACGAAAUCUCCUUUUGCCCCAUCUGCGACUGCGAGGUGAAGUUGCGUAGCAAGCACUGCAAGACCUGUGAGCGUUGCGUUGAUGGAUUUGAUCACCACUGCAGGUGGCUAAACAAUUGCAUUGGAAGAAGGAACUAUGCAACAUUUAUUCUGCUUAUGUUCUUUGUCCUGCUGAUGCUUGUCGUUGAGGGAGGAACAGCAAUUGCGAUCUUCAUCCGCUGCUUUGUUGACAGCAAAGGGGUGAAAAUGGAAAUGGAGCACAGGCUGCACAUGAGGCUCCCAAAAGGAGCUCAUGCAGCACUAUCAAUGGCUUUUGUCAUCUUCACAUUGUACAGCACUGCAGCGCUGGGCCAGCUCUUCUUUUUCCACAUGGUGCUCAUUAGAAAGGGCAUGAGGACCUACGACUACAUUCUUGCGAUGAGGGAAGCAGGAGCAGCAUUUGACCCAUUCGAAGACUCUGACUCUGACGAGAGCAUCGACUUUGACUCACCAGAGAAGCCAUCUUUCUUUUCAAGGGUCUUUUGCAGAAAAGAUGAAGUAAAUGAAAGUGCUCGGAAGCUUCAGGAAGUCAGGAUCGAGAGCGACCAAAUGGAUGCUUCAGGAAGGAAGGAUGACAUCCAGAUCAACCCAUGGACAUUGAUCAAGAUGAGCAAGGAGAAGGCGAUGGCAGCCGCUGAGCGCGCACGCGAGCGAAUCAGACAGAAGCUGCCAACAUCACCGAUGAAACCACUGCCGGUGGAGACAAAGCGAGGCCCUCUGAACCCAGAGAGAAAACACAUCACAACUGGGAAAGAGAUCGUACCGGUGUUCACCAAGAGCUGGUUGUCGGUGUCGCCCACGGCGAGGAUCUCGAGCCCCAGGAGGCGAUUCUCAGGGUCAUCGUCGCCUAAGCCGCAGAGGUACAGGAGCAACUUCGACCUGAGGCUCGCUGAGGUGUCGAGGGAUCUGGAGACCCACAUCUCGAAGCAGGUGCUGUGCUCCGUCGUCAUGAAGGGUGUCGAGGACGAAGGCUAUUCGUCGUAA